GUGUGAAACAGGAGUGGCUACCGAGCGAAGGAGCUUGUGGUAGUGUCUAGUGAGCGGGAGGCACUUUACACUUUGGCGUCUCUUACGGAUUUUACACUUUUUUUUAAAGUAAGAUUUUAUUGUUUCGUCGGCGCCGGGUGCCUUGGUGGAUUCUCCUAAAGGAUUAUUGCCUUCAUCUUGGGGCAGGGGACGUUUGGACAAGUCGUAGAAUUAUUAGCCGACGAAGAUGAAUCGCAUCGUCUCUGCUUUUAUUUUGCUGGGUGUAUUUGCUUCUUCUUCUGGACGUGUAGUAAAGGUUCUGGCUGGUCCAUUGAUCAGAGUGGAGGGAAAAAAUGUUAGCAUAAGCUGUGAUGUUAAUGACUACACUGGCCCCAAAGAGCAAGAUUUUGAGUGGUCUGUUCGUCAUAAUGAAGAAUAUGUAAACUUGGUGGGUACAUAUGAUCCAAGUUUUACAGCGAACAAGUACAAGGACAGAGUGGAUAGAGGAGAGAUUGCCAUCAAGCGAACUAGUGACAACUCUGUAAUAUUGGAGAUUAUUAAUGUGAAAAUAACAGACAGUGGCGAAUACAAGUGUUUCACCCCCAGCACAGAUGCAACUUCAAGUGGAAACUAUGAUGCAUCUGUAACACUAAAUGUAAUUCCAGAUAGCCUGAAAGUAUCAGGUUCAAAAUCAAGAUCCGAAACAGGAAGCAUAACAGAAGGUGAUGCAUUUGAGAUGCGUUGCUCUGUCUCAACAAUUGCAACAUCUAGCACUUACCUUUCAGUCAGCUGGGAAGUAAAUUCGGGUUCUUCUGUUGAGGAAAUUAUCACACUGACAGCUGAUUCUUCCAUUAGCCCUGAAAAGAAAUACAGUGAGCGUUAUAAGGGAGGCAACAUUCGUUUUGACUUUUUAGGCAAUGGGAUGUACAGUUUGUUCUUCUCUCGUAUUUUACCCUCUGAUAAUGGCACCUAUUCAUGCAUUGCUGGAGAAUGGUCAAAGGAAGCUGAUGGCACGUGGACAAAAAUUAAUGAGAAAAAAACACAGCUGGUAACAGUAGCAGUAACACCAAUAGCAAAUUAUUUAACAGUUUCAUUGGAUGAAUACAACAUUGAUCUCAGUACAUCAGAUACCCUUGCAUUAACCUGCCAUAUUGGAGGACUGAAAAAAGAUUUAGGCGUGGAAGUAACCUGGUUCAUGCAUCCUGUUCUGACUACUGAUAUGGAGAAAGCUCAUAUGGUAGCUCGUUUGUCUCUUGAUGGUUUGAUAAAUGGAUCAGACAGUGUAUCCCUUGGCCGCUUAACACAAAAUACAUUCCAGCUGGUGGUACGUGACCUGGAUAAAACUGACUCUGGAUACUAUUUUUGUAAAGUAACAGUGUGGGUACAGCAAUUCAUUGGAAGUUGGCAUAAAGCAGCUGAAAGUAUUUCUGCACCUGUCAUUGUAAAUAUAACUUCGUUAGAGCCUUCUUUCACAGUUAGUCAUACUGUUCUGAACAACCCAGACUUGGCUGGUGCACCAACCAAACUUGAGUGCAAGAUGUCAAAUGAUGAAAAUGUUAAUGACGCCACACUUGCUGUUUCAUGGUACUUCAAGGAAAACUUACCAGGAGAUGUUCCACUCAUCACUUAUAACAUUGCUUCUGUAGACCACAAUUUGGUUCUUCAGGCCAGUAGCAAUUACAGUGAACGUGUUAGAAAUGGACAUAUUGUUCUCACGAAGACAGAAAAUACAGCAUUUCAACUUCAAAUACUGCACACUCGGGACACUGAUCGAGGAGAAUAUUUCUGUACUAUCUCCACUUGGACCCAGAUAAAGAAUCAUAAUUGGGUGCAGACAAAAAAUGUUUCCUCCAGUACUUCUCUAAUUUUCUGGAAACAAGACAAUCCAAAGCUUGCUGUGAUUGCAACUCCAAUUAGAGCAGUAUUCUCUCCUGGAGAAACAUUUGAGAUGACCUGUAAAGUUAUUGGGGAAAACCUGAAGACCCCACGCUACUCUGUAGUUAUUAAUGUGGAGUAUGCAGGUGGUAAAACCAAAAAAAUAAUUUCUCUGAGUAAGGAUUCUAUAAUUAAUCUGGAGGAAUGGAAUGACAAACAUCGGCUUGACAGCGUGGUUUUGGAGAAAACAGGAGAGACAGCAUUCCUCUUUCGAAUGUAUGGAUCGCAAAUCUCUGAUGUUGGGUUUUAUUUCUGUUCCAUUUCUGCCUGGACACCAGAUGUGGGAAACACGUGGACCGAGACUAUAACAGGUGUUUCCAACAAAGUCAAAAUUGCUUUUGAACAAUCAGGACCAUCCUUCAAUGUCUCAGUUUCUUCAGACAACCAAUUUGUUUAUCCUGGAGAGACAGUGAAGAUUGAGUGUGUUGUCUUACUUCAUGGAGCUGCCCCAGGAAUGGAUAAGAUCUCUUAUGAUGUGAAAUGGAUGCACAAAAAUCUACAGCAAUCAGAGGAGGGCCACAUGGUGACAUCCGUGGACCAUUGGGGAUUAGUACAAUCUGGGCAAAGUAACAGCAGCAGUGAUUAUAGUCUGGAGAGAACAGAUGCUCAAAAGUACCUUCUGAGAAUCCACAACAUUGAAAGUAUGGGUCACGGCAACUAUAUCUGCAUAGUAACACCUUGGAUAAAGUCACCCGAUGGAUCCUGGCAAAAAUCAUCAGAAAUUGUCUCUGGACCAGUUCUCAUAACUGUCAAGCUUGACUUCUGGAACUCCGUGAAAUAUCCCAUAAUCUAUGGACUGAGUGCUGCAGCUGCUGUUGGACUACUAUCCAUUCUUAUUGGUUACCUUAGUGUUUACUGCUGCUGCAAGAAAACAAUGAAGCCCAACAAUAAAACAAGGGAUCUCUAUAAGAAUACACCAAUGCUGGUUCCCAGUGAAAUGGACUGAGGACAGAGGGACAGAAAGAAACUUCACCCAGUAACACAAUGGAUGUAUGAGCAGUCCCUCCCACCAAGAUUUAUUUUUUAUUCUUCCACGAUGAAACUUUUCAGAAAAAAAAAACAACUUGCUCAUAAUUAAAGGGAAGAAAAAGCAGAAAGUUAAAUUUGAGAGUUGUCUUUGUAGGAUUCUUUAAAUGAAUGGAUACUCGAUUUGGAUUGCUUUUGUUUCUUUUGUAUUGAAUAAGUGGAGUGCGCUUUUUUUUUUUAGCCUCAUUUUUUUAUAUUGUAUAUAGGAAUAGCACAAAGCUCAAGACUAUUUAAAAUGGAUUUUAAAGACAUAUACUUUGCAUUGAGAGACUGUUAUAAAUUAUCGUUUUAUCCAUUCUUCUUAGCUGCUGAACUCUGGCAAGGUUUAAGAGGUAGCAAAUUUCUUGCCAGCAUUUGCCUUCCCACUUUCUGGAUUUUUAAAAGUCAUAAUUUUUCAUUUGUGGAUCUUGGAUAUUCCGCUUUUGUUCCAAGAAUGGGUUGUACAGCUCAGGUUUAUGAAAAUUGAUGCUUAUGCUUGCAGUCUUCAAUUUUACUUCAGAUGUUUACUGGAUUGUGAUGGUGUUGAACAUAGGCUGAUUUUGUUAUUAUUUAGAAAUAGUCUUUAAAUUCAAGUCAUAAUAUACACAUUGGAGAGACAUCGUGGUGCAAAAUUAUAUUUUUAUUUUUUUUUUACCAUCGGUGCCUUAAAAUCUCUUUUAUAUUAAAGACACUUUUAUACUUGGAGAAAAAUCUUCAGGGACACAAAAAUGGCAGUUUUCAGAUUUGUAAGUGUUCUAUAUAUUUUUUCUUAAUUAUUACUUUUCUUGCUUGUCACAAUUGGGCACAGUUUAUAUUUUACAUGUGCUCACUCCUUUUUCCAUAACAUCUGUGUAAGAGAUGGACGCUUUCCAAGACUGAGAUGUACAUUUUUAUUAAUUUAGUGCCAAAAUCCAUUUGGAUGCGAAAGCAAUGAUAAUUUAUAGCUGUGUGGUGGUUUUUUUUUUUUUGGGCUUCGGGUGGGCUGUGGGGAUCGGACACAGCUAACCACACUGCAUCAGCAUACAGCUUUGUAAAUAGACACCUGGUUUGUUAUUUAGUCCUUUUGAUUGAGGAAGAGAUGACCGUUUGGCCCAAGUCCUGAAAGUAUUCACCCUCUUGAGUAAUUAAAUUUUUUUAGCUUCAAGCAACCUAGUACAUUGAAGUUAUCUGAUUUGAUUUAAACAUCAUAUUAUCAUCAUAAAAAUGCCUCAAUAAAAUUUAACAAAAUUUGUAAAAAAAAAAUUAAACAUCUAAGUGUUUACUUUUUGCCUAAAUCGAUACUUUUUAAGGAUCAGUUCCCGCUUUUGGAUUACAGUAUAUACUUUACGCAUAUUGGUUUGAGGGUUUUUGUGUAUUCUUCCUCUGUAUAUUUGCUACAGUUCUGUCCCACAUACACCCAGCUGUCAUGAAUUCUGACAGUCUUUCAGUAGGAGUCAAGUUUGGGCUUUUGCCAAGCCACUCAAGGGCAUUUGUCUUUUUCAGAAUGCAUUGCUUAUGUACUACGUCAUUGUCCUAUUGGAAUGUAAAUCUUUGUCCUAUUCUCUUCAGCCUGAAGCACAUUCCUUGAAGGUUAUACCUGGAUUUGCCUGCAUUCGUUUUUUCCACUUACAAUUCCUUAGACCGUGCGACUGAGAUGUAUCUCCAUAAGACAAGGCCUCCACCACCGUGCCUUAUGAUAGGAAGGGUAAUGGUGAUGUACUCAGUAUACUGUAGCACUGAGUAAUAAAGCCAGUGAAGUUGAUUUUAGUUUCAUCAGGGCAGGGUGAGUGUCACAUAGUAUUUGUGUCCGCCACUUGCAGACUGUAAGCAUUUUAGAAAGUCUCUUUUCCCAGAGAUGUUUCGACCCAAGCAGCCUCUCAUACACAGACUACAUCUGCAAAAUGCUGCAGAGUUUGCUGCUCUCUCUCCUACAAUAGCCUUAGCAGUGUAACCGUAUACUUCUAUCAGGGUGCUUACUGAGCACUAGGCCACUUAUGUGACAAGGCAGUUUCUUAACUACUUAUUUAUUGUAAGAGGGCAAUCUGCUCUAGGUAGAGUCCUGAUGGCCCUUCGUGCUUUUGAUUGCUUAGUGAUAGGCAUGAAUAUGAUCCUGUGAGCUUUCAAAGCCACAGAUUUUUUUUUUUCAAUACCUUUUCACAGGUAUGUGCUUCCAGGUUUGUAAUGGAAACAUCUUGGUCUGUAUAGUUGAGCUUCUAUCGGGUGUGUUUAAUGACUCAACUGUUGACACUGCAUUUGUAUUAAAUCGAUAAAUAAAAAGAGUUUGUUUUUCCCUGUACAUUACUUUAUGGAUGAUAUGCUGGUCAGUUACAGUGAUUGUGUUCAACAUCAGUAUUUGGCUGCAAAAAAGCAUUGUAAUUUUGAUAGCAGACUGAGUGGUUAAUUUGAAAGAAGACCAUAUGUAACAAAUAAAACGUGUGUGACAAGCAUGCAACCCUUUUCUGUUAUGAAAAGGAACAUGGUGGGCAGGAAGAGCAUAGCUAGCAUCAUUUAAAAGGUACAAACCGUCUUGUGGCAGGUGGAAUGUCACCCAAUUAAUAGGAGACAAAGUGGAGAUACAAUUUUAUCAGACAUAUUGUUUUGGAGAGGUGGGCUGUGAGUCCAUUCAGUUUUUCACAGUGACAAAAGGACUUGAUUGACAAUGAAGCGCAAUCACCAGCACAUUUCAAAAGGCAAGCAACACAGAAGUGAACACAAAUGCAACAUGCUUGUAAAGACCUUUAAUGAAACCAAGUUCUUGAUUUAGGAAUUAAAAAGUGAUUUAAAGUUAAUGUCAAUUGUUUUACCAGUAACUCAAACACCUCCUUAACUCUUCUUCUGAAAUUCUUUCGGGUAUCUUAGAAAUGUGUUUCAUGUAACCACGUCGUAAUGACCACCGCAGGUAUCAUUUUGGUUUUAGACUAACGUCAGACAAAAUUAGAUGCAACCUUAAACUUGCUUUUGUUUUGAAUAUUCAGUAUGUUUUCUCUUCUAAUAAUACACUGUAAUGUGUAGAGUAUGCAUUAAAAGGCUGCGUCAAAGUGUUUAAUUUGAAUCUGCAGUGCAACAAAAUGUAAUCAGACUCAAAGGAGCCGAAUCUUGUCUGACGGAGCCAUAGCCUCUCUUGAUGUUUGCCCUGAACUGUUAGCAGUGGCACAAACAUCAAAUGAUUAAUACAAACUUGGAAAACCAAGAUCCAAAGAGAAACUCUGUUGUAAGGAGGAUGUUCUGGAGAUCCAAGAUUAAUGGCUCAGCUCUCCUCCUCUGUUGAAGUCAUUCAGUCAGUCAGUCAUUUUUCUAGUGCUAUUAACAUUCAGAAUUGUUUUACUGUGGUUUGGAAAAUAAAUUGACAAUUACAGUGAUUCUGGAUGGAGCACCCCUUUGUUUGCCAAAAUACUGAGUUUUCUUGUUCCCUUUUUAUACUGUCUGUAUUUGAAUACUUUGUUUGAAUCUUUUAUAGAAUUGUUAUGUAAAGUGCUGCCCUUGAAAGGUGCUAUAUAUAAUAAACAUUGAUUGAUAAAUGA